AUGGCUGAAGUUAAAAUCCAUAUUGUCGACUGGAUAACUGAGAAAGUUCACAAAAUCCUAACAGUGCGUCUGAUGCUGGUCUUUGGCAUCUUUUUUUGGCAGAAGGCUAGUUAUUUUAUUUUCUCCUCCAAGGUGAAUGCAAAUGAUGAUAAAGGUGUGCUUUUGGGAAGGUGGGAUGGUAAUUAUGCUGAUGGGAUUGCCCCAACCCGAUGGACUGGGAGUCUCCCAAUUUUGCGCCUAUGGAGCAGUUCCGGGGCUGAGAAAGUGCGAUAUGGACAAUGCUGGGUCUUUGCUGCUGUAGCUUGCACAGUUCUCAGAUGCUUGGGAAUCCCGAGUCGUUGUGUUACAAACUAUUCAUCUGCUCAUGACACAGAUGGCAAUCUCAAAGUGGAUCAGUAUUAUAGCAGUGAAGAUUAUUCGCGCAUUCCUUCUAAAAGGAAAGAUAUGGUAUGGAACUACCAUUGCUGGCUGGAAGUAUGGAUGACCCGUCCUGACCUUCCCCCUGGCUAUGACGGAUGGCAAGUCUUGGAUCCUACUCCACAAGAACGGAGUGACGGCAUUUACUGCUGUGGUCCUUGCCCUGUCAAAGCAAUAAAGGAAGGUCAUGUGGAUGUGAAAUAUGAUGCUGUGUUCAUCUUCGCUGAGGUCAAUGCAGAUGUGGUUUACUGGCUGGUAAAUAAAGAUGGAUCAAAACAAGAGCUGGGAGUCAAACACCACCAAGUGGGAAAACAGAUCAUCACAAAAAGUGCCUACACAGAUGAACGAGAGGACUUAACACAUGAUUACAAAUACCCAGAGGGAUCUACAAAGGAACGGAAAGUCUACAACAAAGCCGGAAUGAAAAUCAGAUCUGCCAACAUCCGGGAAAAAGAUUUAAAGAUCAGCAUUAAAUAUGCUCAGCCAAUCCUUGGAAGUGAUUUUGACGUCUAUUUCAGCAUUGUAAACCAUGGCUUUAUGGACAAGGAAAUCCAUUUAACACUGUCUGCAACAACUAUAACAUACAACGGGUUUAUUUUAACAGAAUUCAGCAAAAGGUCAACCACAUUAACGUUAAAAGCUGCCACAGUUCAGAAAGAAGUUUUGAGACUGAAAUACAGAGACUAUGGUGAACAUCUCUCUGAGCACAACUUAAUUCGAAUGACGGCCAUGCUAAUACCUAAAGGCACAUCUGAAGUGAGUCUUAAGGAGUGCGACAUUGCCCUGAAUCUGCCUCGGCUCACGGUGAAGGUAAUCGGUGAACCAAUUGUGCAUAGAGAGUUAACUGUCCAAAUAAAGUUUGCAAAUCCACUUCCCAUCACAUUAACCGAAGGCAUCUUCAGUGUGGAAGGCACUGGACUCACAGAUCUACAGGAAAUUAAGUCUCCUACUGCAGCAAUCCAUCCUGGGCAAGAGGUUGUGGUGAACGUAUCCUUCAAACCGAGCAAGACAGGCUUACGGAAACUGAUGGUGGAUUUUGACAGCAACAGACUUCACGAUGUCAAAGGUUGCACCAGCAUUAUUGUCAGACGGGCUUAACAAACAGCCACUGGCAUUAUAUUAAGUAUUUUAAUCCAUGGAUAAAUCAGCUAGGAAUUUUACCUUUUUAAUGCAAUAGAACAUUUGGUUGCUAUGUUUCAUAUGUUGAUUGAAAUUCCUGCCACUAGUACUUCAGCUAUCCAUCCAUUGACAAUGAGAAAUAGUGGGAACUGCAGA